CACGCUUCUCCCGUGUGCUUUGCGAAGACGCCAAAGAUGGCGGCCGUAUUUUCGGCUCGCUGGCUGAGGGUCCGCCGCGGGCUUUGCCUACCGCUGACGGGUCGGCGGGCAGGUCUCUGCGGACGGGCCCCCAGUAGCAGAUUUUAUUCUGGAAGUGCAGCCAUCCCAGAGGUUGAAGGAGCUGAUGCAACAGGGACUGAAGAAGUGGUCAUUCCAAAAAAGAAAACUUGGGAUAAAGUGGCUGUUCUUCAGGCACUUGCAUCCACGGUACACAGGGAUUCUACAGCUGCCCCUUAUGAAUUUCAAGAUGAUCCUUAUCUCAUACCAACAUCUUCUAUGGAAUCUCAUUCAUUUUUGUUGGCAAAGAAGUCCGGGGAGAAUGCAGCAAAGUUUAUUAUUAAUUCAUAUCCCAAAUAUUUUCAGAAAGACAUAGCUGAACCUCAUAUACCGUGUUUUAUGCCUGAGUACUUUGAACCUCAGCUUGAAGAUAUAAGUGAGGCUGCUCUGCAGGAACGAAUCAAGCUCAGAAAAGUCAAAGCUUCUGUGGACAUGUUCGAUCAGCUCUUGCAAGCAGGAACCAGCGUAUCUCUGGAAACAACUAACAGUCUCUUGGAUUUAUUAUGUUACUAUGGUAACCAAGAGCCCUCAACUAAUUACAAUUUUCAACAACGGGAGCAAGCAGAAGAGUUGGAAGAGGCCACACAGGGAGGUAACAAGAAAUCCAAGACGAAGGCUGGUCAUCGGCUUGGAGUUACCUGGCGAGCAAAAAACAAUGCUGAGAGAAUCUUUGCUCUAAUGCCAGAGAAAAACGCACACUCCUACUGCACAAUGAUCCGAGGAAUGGUGAAGCACCGAGCUCCUACGCAGGCAUUAAAUUUGUACACUGAAUUAUUAAACAACAGACUUCGUGCUGAUGUACACACCUUCAAUUCGUUGAUUGAAGCAACAGCGUUGGUGGUGAAUGAGAAAUUUGAAGAAAAAUGGAAUAAUAUAUUGGACCUGCUGAAACAAAUGGUUGCACAGAAUGUGAAACCCAAUCUACAGACUUUUAAUACUAUUCUGAAAUGUCUCCGACGAUUUUACGCAUUUGGAAAAUUGCCAGCCUUACAGACCUUACGGGAAAUGAAAGCCAUUGGAAUAGAACCCUCGCUUGCCACGUAUCACUAUAUUAUUCAGCUGUUUUAUCAACAUGAAAGCCCUUCAAAAGGAUCGUCCCUCAUCAUCUACGACAUCAUGAACAAAUUAACGGGAAAGAAGUUUUCUCCAAAGGACCCGGAUGACGAUAUGUUUUUCCAGUCAGCCAUGAGGGUUUGCUCAUCUCUCAGAGAUCUAGAACUUGCUUACCGGGUCCAUGACCUUUUAAACACUGGAGACAACCGGAAAUUCAUUGGACCCGAUCAUCGGCGUAAUUUCUACUAUUCCAAGUUCUUUGGUUUGCUUUGUCUGAUGGAACAAAUUGAUGUCACCUUGAAGUGGUAUAAGGACCUGAUACCUUCAGUAUUCUUUCCACAUUCCCAAACACUGAUAGAUCUUCUCCAAGCAUUAGAUGUGGCCAAUCGGCUAGAAUUGAUUCCUCAGAUCUGGAAAGAUAGUAAAGAAUAUGGUCACACUUUUCGCCACGAACUGAAAGAAGAGAUGCUGACGCUCAUGGCAAGGGAUCGGCACCCACCAGAGCUGCAGGUGGCGUUUGCUGACUGUGCUGCAGAUAUCAAGUCGACUUACGAAAGCCAGGACGCCAGACAGACGGCUCCCAGUUGGCCGGCCAGCUCUCUGAACUACAUAGCCAUCCUCUUCUUAAGGGCCGGGAGAACCCAGGAAGCCUGGAAAAUGCUGGGGCUUUUCAGGAGACAUAAUAAGAUCCCUCGGAAUGAGUUGUUGAAUGAGUUUAUGGACAGUGCAAAAGCAUCCGGCAGCCCUGCCCAGGCCAUUGAGAUAGUGAAGCUGGCAGGUGCCUUCAGCUUACCUAUUUGUGAGAGCCUCGCCCAGAGAUUAACGGCUGACUUCACCCUCAGCCAGGAGCAGAAGGAAGCCCUGGGAGACCUAACUGCAUCGACCAGUGACAGCGACAGUGACAGCGACAGCAGCAGUGACAGUGACAUCGGUGAAGGCAAAUAAAAGUGGUCGAAUCAGGAGCCACUGUGGCCUGGCAUGACGGUUGUGAUUACACUUGAGAACUGAGAUGCUAGUAUUUAGUUGUAAUGUGAAGAAAACAAGGGAAUACAGAUAUGGUGAAUCUUGAUAAGAGCGCUUACUUAUUUACGCUGAAUUCCUGAACUAAACCAUCCAUGCCAGCGUUACCAUGUGAACAGAAGGGGUACUACCAUUUUCAUUUCUUCGGACACACGUUGUGAUGUUCUUAAGCUCCGCACAACUGCAGUGUUUGUCAGCUGAUGUCAGGGUGGUUUGCCCCUCCCGCAUUGGGGACUGUAGCCUUUGUUGGCUGACGCUAUGACCUGACACUUCCUCCAACUCAGAAAGCCUCUAAAGGAAGUUUUUGUACAAUUAACAUCACAGUUGAUACUGGGUCAGUAGUACCAAGUUCAGGGAUAUUUAUAUGUGGGAAAUUAUUAACCUUAGAACUGAUUAAACAACGUCAGGAGUUGAGGCUGCACAGCUGGGGAGAUGAAGACU